GAGAGGAUCAUGGGAGGGGCAGCGGCGGACCCGGGGGCGAGCGGGGCGACGGCGCCGGACGGCGGGUGGGGCUGGGCGGUGCUUUUCGGCUGCUUCCUCAUCACGGGCUUCUCCUACGCCUUCCCCAAAGCGGUCAGCGUCUUCUUCAAGGAGCUGAUCCGGGAGUUCGGCGUGGGCUACAGCGACACGGCCUGGAUCUCCUCCAUCCUGCUGGCCAUGCUCUACGGGACAGGCCCUCUCUGCAGCGUGCUGGUGAACCGUUUUGGCUGCCGGCCGGUGAUGCUGGUGGGCGGGCUCUUCGCCUCCCUGGGCAUGAUCCUGGCCUCAUUCUCCACCAGCAUCCUCCACAUCUACCUGUGUACUGGAGUCAUAACAGGUUUGGGUCUGGCCCUGAACUUCCAGCCCUCCCUGAUCAUGCUGAACCGGUACUUCAGCGCGCGGCGCCCCCUGGCGAACGGACUGGCCGCUGCGGGCAGCCCGGUGCUGCUGUGCUGCCUGUCCCCGCUCGGCCAGGCCCUGCAGCAGCACUACGGCUGGCGGGGGGGCUUCCUCAUCCUGGGGGGGCUGCUGCUCAACUGCUGCGUGUGCGGGGCGCUGAUGCGGCCGCUGGAGCCCCCGCGGGGGAGGGUCGCCGCGGCGACGGCGGGGGGGAAGGGGCGCGGGGCCAAGCUGCUGGACCUGAGCGUGCUGCGGGACCCGGGCUUCCUGGUGUACACGCUGGGCGUGACCGUCAUGGUGCUGGGGCUCUUUGUGCCGCCAGUGUUCGUGGUGAGCUACGCCAAGGCGCUGGGCUACGGCGACACGCCCUCCGCCCUGCUGCUCUCCAUCCUGGGCCUGGUGGACAUCUUCGCCCGGCCCACCUGCGGCAUGGUGGCGGGCCUGCGCUGGGCGCGGCCGCGCUGCGUCUACCUCCUGGGCUUCGCUGUGGCCUUCAACGGCGCCACGGACCUGCUGGGCUCGCUGUGCCGGGACUACGCCACGCUGGUGGUGUUCUGUGUCUUCUUCGGAGUGUCCUACGGCAUGGUGGGCGCGCUGCAGUUCGAGGUGCUGAUGGCGCUCGUCGGCACCGACAAGUUCUCCAGCGCCAUCGGCCUGGUGCUGCUCGCCGAGGCCAUCGCCGUGCUGGUGGGCCCCCCCUCCGCAGGGCUGCUGCUGGACAGCAGGGGGAGCUACAUGUACGUGUUCCUGCUGGCCGGGGGCGAGGUGGUGCUGUCCGCCCUGCUGUUGGUCGCGGGCAACUUCCUGUUCCUCAGGAAGCGGCCGCGGGAGCUGUCCGCCGUCGCCGGGGAAACGGAGCCGCUGACGGAGCGAGGGAAGGAGGAGGCGCGCAGGGAACGCCUCCUGUGGGAGGCGCGGCCAAUCAGCAUCCACGUGGACCGGGCGGAGGUGGAGCGCUUCCUGCGUGAGGACUGGUGGAGGAGCGGAGACAGCAGCUCAGAGACCUGCCUGUGA